GAGUGACAGUAUGAAUGGCAAUAUCAUGUCAAAAUUAUAGGUAUUUAUUUUGGUAGGUAUUUAUUUAAUAAAAAAUAUAAAUGUGUUCACAAAAGAAAUAACUGCAUAAUUUUAUCAUGAAAUUUAUAGCCCAAUAAAAUGUGAGUUGCUUUGGAAAAUUAAAAAAACGACAUCAUCACAGAUCACGGAAAAUGCUUCCAAAAAUCAAGAACAUCUGCAAUAACGGAUUUCCAUCACUGUGUUCGAAAUUAUGUGAUGCAUGUCGUGUCGGCCAGUCCUCAAAGAUAAUCCAAGCUAUUUCAAUCCGACAAAAGUCAAAUGACGGUAAAGAUAAUAAGGAUUCCGACAAAAAAGACAAAGAAGAAGAAGCAAAAAGAGUCUUAGAAGAAUGUUUUGGUCCCAAAAAACCAAUUCUUGAUGUUACUAAAGCACAUCAUGAAUACUUCUUGAAAUAUUCCAAGCCACCUGAAGUGAUACAGCAAGAAUGUAAUGUUGUAAUUAAAGAGGUAUUUGGAGAGGAACAACAUAAUACGGCUGUUACACAUUCAUCAAUUAACAAAGACACCGACGAAAAAUUGAUAACUAAAAUUGAAACUGUAGAAGAUACAGACACAGUAGAUGUAACGAGAAACAAUUUGGCUGAUCAAAACCAACCACUAAAAAUAAUUGAUGGUAAGAAAGUUGAAAAUUUAAAUGAAAACAGUCCAGUUAAUAAAUUAUUAAACCAUAACUUAGAUAACAUUAAAUUGGAAAACAAUAAGCGAGUAGUACCCAAACAAUAUUUUCAAGACGAUCAAGGUCAUAUUAAAGUUUGGCAGUCCAAACUCCAUGAUUAUAUCGAAACUGUAAAAUCAUAUGACGCCUUACGAGCUAAAGAUAAGAACAGAAAUCGCAGUACCAGAGUCAAUACCACAGAUAAACGGCCUAUGUCUACUGACACAAGUCCUCCAAUCGCACACGGUACACCUAUACGUUUAGAAAUCGAACGUAAACCAUACGAAAAUGUACUAAAAAGUGAAAACUGGAAUAGGGAAAAUAAUGCGAUGAGAAAUGAUAAUAAUCUUGACCCUAAACAAACUAGUGUACCCGAUAGACACAGCUUUGAAGCACACUCAGAAAUGAAAAACUUUGUUUACGACCCUAGUGAAAGCUAUUAUAACAAUGAUAAAAAGUUUUCACAUAAUAUAGGAUCAAUUAAUGGCAAAACGAAGGACUUAUCUACAAAAGCAAUAGGAGAUAAUAAUAUGCCGAGAAAUAAUAAAUGGCAAAAAAGCAGAAAAGAAAUAAACCUAACGACGGAAAAUGAACGAAGGUCACGUAAUGUGUUUGAAAAUACAGGUAAUGUUGAGAAAAAAACAAAAAGUGAUGGAACUGAUAAGUAUAUUGAAGUAUCAAUGGUUGAAGUCGUUCCAAAAACCCAAGAACGCACCCAAGGAAAAUUUUAUAUGAUAAGACAUCAUAAAGUAAAAGAAAAACAAUCUACCGAUUCAAAUGAAAUAAAAAACAAAACUAAGAAUGAAAAUAUUUCAGUGGAUUUAAACGAUAUUGUUCGAGAUAUUAACCAAAAAGGUCUGAGAAAAGGAAAACGUAGGAUCGUUGAAAAGGCAAACAUAGUAAACAAAAGAUCCUUAUCAAAUAAAUCAUACGUAGACGACACAUUAAAUGUGGUCAAAACUGAAUCGGAAAAACGUAUUGCAUGGAUACAAAGUAACCAACCUAAUAUUUGCUUAGAUCUGACCCAAGUCUUAGGAUCAGUCCAUCACGAUGUAUCUACUACUAAGAGAGCAGAGAAGGAACCAGAAUCUACUGUAGAUAUCUUCAGCUGUACGAACAAAGACCCUGAUACUGUUGUUAAGGUUUACGAAGAGAAUGAAGCAUGUAAUGAACUGGAAAGAGAAAGUUCUAAGGAAACAAAAGCUACUCAUGAGUUACAUGCACUUAGCGUGGUUCACAAGCAUGAUGUUACCGAUACAAUACCACAAAUAACAACGGAUAGCGAACCCAAUAUCGAAACUGUCCACGAAGCUCAAACUGCGCCUCCGCCAAUUGAAAGCGAGAUGACAUUAAAACAAAUGCUGGCUUGGCUCCGAGAAAAAUACAGACGACGAAUGUUUGAAGAACUUUCGUUCUUGAAUGUAACGAGCAAAUGUCCAUGUCCUCCUAAGCAGCCUGGUCGCAACCAUCCACCUCCUAUACCACCGCCUAGUCCCCGCAAGAUGCCUCCUGGAUGCGUCCCAUCCUGCACCCCACCAUGCCCAGCCUCUCCCUGCCCUCCACCCAAGACCUUGCCCCGCCCGCAGUGUCCACCAAAACCUAUGCCUAAAGUUUGCCCAGAUAUGCCCUGUUACCCAAAAUGUCCACCCCCUACACCCGUGCGGCCUAAACCCAAAUGCCCUCCAUGUCCCUCGUGGCCUCCUGCACCUCAGGAAAAAUACCCUAAGGCGUGUCCGCCUUGGAAUCCACCAGUACCUCCCAAGUGUCCCCCGCACCCGCAAUGUCCUCCUCAAACUCCACCCAAGAGGCCACAACCAACUCCUAAGCCAGUGUGCCCGCAACCUUGUAAAUCAUUUACAGCAGUUGCCCCAAUUUCGCUGUGUGCAAAGUGUGGCCAGGAAGUUAAUCCAAGCCGUUUGGUUCAAACAUGCUUGCCAAUAAAUGUUUCUCCAACGUACAAGGGUAGUCUUCCGGAUACACAUGAUUACUCGAGCUCUACUGCACCAUGCCAGCCACAUUUCCUCCCAUUCCCUGUUACCUGUAAUUUCAACGAAAUUUCUUCUGAAAGUUUGCCUGUAAAGCGAAAGGCUCUGAAAAGGCGAGGACCCAGGGUAAUGCCACCUGACCCUAAAAAAGGCCCUGGCUCAGGCUCUGGCUAUCCCAAUACAUGGAUUUCGUCAACUUUAGGGCUAACUCCCAGCACAGAUGAUUUAAGAUUAUUGAAAGACAUUUUUAGAACUCGUUUAUUUUACAUGAUUUUUAAUUUUAUAGAUUUCUCACGAAAGAACAUAGGCAUGAGAGACAUAGUGCUGGUCGGUUUUAUGUUUGGGAAUUCUACAGGAAGUUCGUGUGCUGGCAUCUUUUUGAAUUUUAGGGAUAAGAACUAUGAUCCUUGGAUUCCAAUACCUUCAAUGCUAGCACCAAAUAUUGAAAAAGAUACAGAACAAAAACCAUAUGGAAAAGGUCUUCCCAAAUUGCCUUCUCCGAAAUUCAAACCUUGGGAACUGAACAAAUCCUUUAAACGGAAGCCCCCAAAUCAAAACUAAAUUUUAAUGGUACUUACCUACUACAUUCAUUUUUAUCUCACCAAAUAAAAAAUUUCAAUUUUCGUUUUAAUAGUUAGAACGUUAGAUAAUAAAGAAUGGUGCAAAGUAA